AGACCCUCAAGACUAUCCUCAAUGGCCUCCCGCCCCACCGUCAACGUUCGCUCCACCUCGGGCGAGGCCUCCUCGUCCCUCCCCUUCCCCUCCGUUCUUACCGCCCCAAUAAGGCUCGAUGUCGUACAGCAGGUGCAUAAGAGCAUCGCUAAGAACAAGCGUCAGGCUUACUCUGUGAGCGAGAAGGCUGGCCACCAGACCUCUGCUGAGUCUUGGGGUACCGGUCGUGCCGUCGCUCGUAUUCCCCGUGUCGGUGGUGGAGGAACCCAUCGUUCCGGCCAGGCUGCUUUCGGUAACAUGUGCCGUGGUGGUCGCAUGUUCGCCCCGACUAAGAUUUGGCGUAAAUGGCAUGUCAAGGUGAACCAGAACCAGCGUCGCUUUGCCACUGUCUCUGCCCUUGCCGCCUCCGCCCUUCCUUCCCUCGUUCUCGCUCGCGGACACCGUAUCGAGGAGAUUGAGGAGGUUCCCUUGGUUGUUGCUGAUGCCGUCGAGUCCUUCUCCAAGACCAAGGAGGCAGUUGCCCUCCUCAAGUCUCUCCAUGCAUACAACGAUGUUGUGAAAGUAUCCAACUCACGCAAGCUUCGUGCUGGAAAGGGCAAGAUGCGUGGUCGCCGCCACCGUCAACGUCGUGGACCCUUGAUUGUUUACAACGAGGACAAGGGCGUUGUCAAGGCCUUCCGUAAUUUGCCUGGUGUCGAAAUUGUCAAUGUCAAGCGCCUGAACCUCCUUCAGCUUGCCCCUGGUGGACACAUUGGUCGUUUCGUCAUCUGGACUGAAGGCGCUUUCAGCCUACUUGAUGAGGUUUUCGGCACCUUCGAGAAGGCGGCGGUCUACAAGAAGGACUACUUCCUCCCUACCGCGAAGAUCACCAACCCCGACGUCACCCGUCUCAUCAACAGCACUGAGAUUCAGUCCGUCGUUCGCCCUGCCAACCCUAAAAUCCAAAAGCGCCCUUGGACGCAGCACAAGAACCCUCUUCGCAACAAGGGUGUCCUCUUCCGCCUCAACCCCUACGCCAAGACUCUUCGCAGGCAGGAGUUGCUCAAGCAGGAGCGAGUCAAGGCGAAGAAGGACAAGAAGCCCGCGAAGAAGGAUACUUCCGCAUCGAAGGCUUUCCUCGACACCCUCUUCGCUCCCUAAUCUCGUCACUUUUGUCGGUCACUUGCGGGGUCGAUGUACAUCAUAGGGUGUUCGAUGCUGUUGUUUCUAUGUCACUGUCGUUUAGGACGUUCCAUGAUCGCGUCCGCGCACAUGCCCGUUUUUAUGUCACCAUGCUAAGGACAUGUUAUUGUUCAAGCGCACUGAA